GGUUUGGCUCGUGAGAGCGGGUGGCUCGCGCUGACAGGUCCGCGAGAGGGACGGCCAGGAGUGACAGCCGCUCUCGGGUCUCUGGGCGGACUAGACACCUCCUGGAGAGAGUAACCGGCCAUUCACAGCAGGACUCCUUGUACAGCAUCUCGGCUCAGCUUUUACUCCAUCCUCCGCUGCUGAAGCAGGUGAGGCGGCUUUUGUGGAAUUCACUGCCUGCCUGAAAGGUGACGAUGCGAAAUCACGGGACUCACUGACUUGCGGACUGAUUGUAAUACCCCGACAAGAUUUGAGAACCAAGGAUGCAGCCCUGAGGUGGACUAUCAUAACACGCGCACUGGGAUCUUUUGUUUGGAAAUUUUUAUUUCUGAAUGGAUGUUUUCAAGUGUGGAAAGGAGGAUGCUGGUCUUUUCAUCCUGCUGAUGUGGCCGUGAUAGUUUCAGGUGUGUCUCAGUUUUCUUUAUUUUCCAUCUCCUGUUCUUGAAGAAAGGCCCACCUCAGCCCGAGUGAAGAUGUGACCCAGGUGAAGGAAUAAUCUGUCAGCCUGUAACCCCCUCCCUUUCUCCCACACGUUUGGCUAGUAGCUCUUUUCUCUCCAUCUUUCUCUGUCUGGAUUGGUCUCUUUUGGAGAUAUUAGCUCUUUCAUCUGGGAUGGAUGUACCGCCUGAAACCAGCAGACAUGUAAAGAAGUCCACAAGUCAAAAGCUGGAGGAUCAGAAGAAGAUCUACACUGAUUGGGCGAACCAUUAUUUGGCUAAGUCCGGUUGUCCAAGGCUUAUUAAGGACCUGACUCAGGACAUACCCGAUGGAGUUCUGCUGGCAGAAAUCAUCCAGAUAAUAGCUAAUGAGAAGAUAGAAGAUAUUAACAGCUGUCCAAAGAGUCACUCUCAAAUGAUUGAGAAUGUGGAGUGCUGUCUGAGUUUCUUAGGGGCCAGAGGUGUCAGUGUUCAAGGGCUCUCUGCUGAAGAGGUGUGUAAUGGGAAUCUGAAGAGCAUCCUGGGUCUGUUCUUCAUCCUGUCCCGCUACAAGCAGCAGCAGCAGCACCAGCAGCAGUACCUGCAGUCUCUGGUAGAGCUCCAGCAGCACGUCACACAUCAGACCACAGGGGCGGCACAACUGAGCCAGCACAAAACACAAGACAUGCAGUCCAGUCUCACCGCACGAUAUACAAGUCCACCAGGUCACAGUGGAAUAGCAGCCCCUCAGAAGAAAAACACAAGGUUGCCAGGUCCGUCCAGAGUCCCCGCUGCAGGCAGCGGCAGUAACAGCAGUAAAGGCUCCUCAAACCUGAACAGAAGAAGCCAGAGCUUUAACAGUAUUGAUAAGAGCAAACCAUUGCAGUAUGCUAGCGGCAACGACAGAGAGUCGGUGAAGGGCAUCCCUCUGCCAGGCAGCAUGAACGGCAGUGGCUCAGUGCCUUCCAGCACCAGCGGGCAGCAGCUGGCCUCUGCCAUUCCCUCUCCCACUGCUGGAAAGACCUGGCGCAGCAAGUCCAUGAACAUGAAGCACAGUGCCACCUCGUCCAUGCUGGCCACUAAGCCGCCCAGCCCAACCUCAUCCCCUACCCCUCCCUCAUCAUCCGAUCGCCUCCGGCCCCCAAUCACAGAUGCCUCCAAAUCAGCCCCCGGUAACCAGCGUUCCAUGUUGGAAAAGUUCCGGAUCCUCAACCCUCGCGCCACAUCCAGAACCUCUCCCUCUGUGGCUGAAAUGGCUCUCCAGGAGGAGGAUGACUUGUCAGAGUUUGGAGAUGAGGGAACUUUCAGUCCUACACCACCCUGCGGGAUCUCAAAACAGCAGGGGAAGCCCUCUGCAUCUGCAUUUGCACCCCCAAGCAAGUCCAACAACUGUAAGAACCACAACAAUAAGUCCUUGCCACAACCCAAAGACAAAGAGGACAAGAACAAGACCAAGAACAAAGCCAGCACACCUCCCAAAGAAGAGCCAGUAAUAGUGGAGACCUCAAAGAAAGGCUCCAAGAUUGCUAGCCUCAUCCCCAAAGGAAGCAAAACAUCCGCUGCCUCUGUGAAGAAAGAAAGUGCAAUCCCUGCCUCCAGCAGUAUCCCCAAGCCUGGUCUGAAAGCUCCAACAGCAACCUCCAAACCUGCAGGAACCCAAUCUUGUGUACCUGCAACUACCGGUGGGGAGAAGACCAAACUUAACAAGGGCAGUCAGUCCAUAUAUAUGCAGAGAUCUCUGGGAGGCUUGGAGAACCGUAAGACCAGCAUGGUGUUGUCAACCAGUACCUCAGCUCUUUCUGCAUCCACCACUUCAGGACUGGGGGGUGGUUGUGCUCUAGGUGGUAAUGGAGCAGUACAGCUUCCCCAGCAGCAACAACAUAACCAUCCCAACACAGCGACAGUCGCCCCCUUUAUGUAUCGGACGUAUUCAGAGAACGACUGCACGACCGUGGUCCCUCCUGAACCUUGUCUCAGUCCCACAAAAGAACUGGUCUACGGCAAGACCGCCAAACAGUGCCUGGAGGAGAUCUCAGGAGAAGAUCCAGAAACUAGACGGAUGCGUACAGUGAAGAACAUUGCUGAUCUGAGACAGAAUCUGGAAGAAACCAUGUCCAGUUUACGGGGGACGCAGAUUACCCACAGUACCCUUGAGACAACCUUUGACACCACUGUAACCACAGAAGUGAAUGGUCGUGGUCUUCCUGCCCUCUCCAGCCGCUCUUCCCCCAUGUCUUGGCGUCUCGGCCAGGGGUCAAGUCCUCGUCUCCAGGCUGGAGAUGCCCCUAGUUACACUCCACCCAGAUCCAGUGCUGGCAGCACCACUGUUCGCUAUGGAGAGCCCUCACGGCUGUUAUACACGGCCCCCCUGAGGAGAGCGGCCGCCUCAGGGGCCCGAGGGGCAGAGCCGGGGGAGAAAGGGGGCAUUUCUGAAGUGGGACCUGAGGUGGACGUGACUGGAUAUGGCAGCGAUGGAGACAUACUCGCCAAGAAUGUACAUGCAGACGAUAUCAGUGGGUAUCACACAGACGGAGGUAUUUACUCUAGAAAUGUAGACCUUUACUCUCGAAAUGUUGGUCGUCCAGCUGAAAUGACUCCGGCUCGAGAGGUCGUUCAGAAAGGAGUCAAAGAGAUGCAAGGGGAAGACAGCUGGGAUGACAGUAGUUCUGUCAGCAGUGGUUUGAGUGAUACUUUAGACAACAUCAGCACUGAUGAUCUGAAUCCAGCCCCAUAUUCCGGCAUCUCGUCCCGCAAGAGCAAAGCAGCUCAGUCAAAUAAAGAGACGCACAGACACAUCGAGCAGGAUGCUAGCAGCUGGGCUGGUGCUGAGGAUUUGAAGAAGGUUGAUGAAGAGAUGGAGCCAGGGAUGGACCCUUCCUGCAAGUGGAAGACUUCAUCCCCUUCCUCUUCAUGUCAGGGUGAAGACAUUAGCCAGAAGACAGGUUUGCCCAUGUCUCAAACAGGCUCCUGGAGGAGAGGCAUGAGUGCUCAAGUUGGAAUCACACCACCAAGAACCAAAGGCACGUCAACUUCUCUUAAAACACCAGGUAAGACGGAUGAUGCCAAGGCAUCUGAGAAGGGUAAAGGCUCACCCAAGAGCCCAAGCAUUCAGCGUUCUCCAUCAGAUGCAGGCAAAAGCAGUGGAGAUGAAGGAAAGAAGCCACCCUCAGGAAUUGCUCGGCCACCUACCACAAGUUCUUUUGGCUAUAAGAAGAUUCCAGGUCCCGCUGGAGCCCUGAUUACAGCCAGUGGAGCCACUCUGACUAGUGGUUCUGCAACUCUAGGCAAGGUUCCCAAGUCUGCUUGUAUCGGCAAGAGCACGGGUAUCAGCAAUGGGCGGAAGACGAGUCUCGAUGGUGCUCAACAUCAAGACGAUGCUGUUUUAUUAGGCUGUGGAGGCUCAGAGGUUCCACUCCAGUAUCGCUCCCUACCAAGACCAGCAAAGUCAUCUAGUGGAGGAAGCAGUGUGGUGAGCCGCAGUGGCCAUCGUUCCAGCUCCAGCAGCAUUGAUUCAAAUGUCAGUGGAAAGUCUGCGGGAGGAAGUGGAGUUGCAGUUGGAACCCCAACCAGCACAAAGAGAAGAGACACUGGGAAAGUAGGGUCAGGACGCUCUAGUCCUGUCACCAUCAACCAGACUGAUAAAGAAAAAGUGGCAGGGUCAGAUCAGGAGGGAACGGGGUUGCCCACCUCCCCCAAAUCCAGUCCCACUUCAACCCAAUCCGGACUCAGACAGCCAGGCUCCAAAUACCCAGACAUUGCAUCCCCCACAUUCCGCAGGUUGUUUGGCAGUAAGGCCAGUAGCAAACCCAGUUCCCCUGGCACUCCUGACUCUGGCAAAUGCCCCUCAGCACUGGGCAGCCCCCAUGGCACACUGGCGCGGCAGGCUAGUUUGGAUUCGCCCUCCUCAGGAACAGGUAGUCUGGGCAGUAUGGGUGGGCAGAGCGGAGGCAGCAGCCCCCUGUAUGGCAAAACGCCUGACCUGGGCACUGAUUCCCCAGCCUCUAGUCCGGCGUCAGGUCUCUCUCUGCCCUCUAAUGCUCGUCCAUGGCCUCCAAAUCUCAGCAGUUCUUCUGCAGGCAGUAAAGACACACUGAGCUGCCACAGUAUGACCAGUUUACACACAAGUUCAGAAUCCAUAGACCUGCCGCUUCCACACCACCAUGGGCCAAAAGUCACCCGAACGGGCAGUGUCAAGUCCACCCUGUCUGAGGGCAUGCCUCUUGACAGAAACACUCUUCCCAAAAAGGGAUUAAGGUACCCUCCCUCCUCUAGACAGACGUCACACGAGGAAGGAAAGGAAUGGUUGCGUUCUCACUCCACUGGAGGUCUACAGGACACUGGAAGUCCACUUUCACCACCAGGCACAACCUGUGCCAACGCUGGCAAAUACCACUACUCAAACCUGUUGAGCCCCACCAGUAUGUCUCAGUAUAAUAUUCCCAGCACCAGUAUGAGCCGCUCUAACAGUAUUCCAGCACAGGAUUCAUUUGAGCUGUAUGGUGAGGGACACCCUCUGGGCGGCAGUGCCACUUCAUUGGAAGAACGGCCACGUGGCAUGAGCCGCUCCGGUUCUUUUAGAGACAGCACAGAUGAAGUCCAUGGUUCUUCUCUGUCUUUGGUCUCAAGCACAUCAUCUUUAUAUUCAGCGGUGCUGGCAUUUUUAGACAAGACGGAGGAGAAGGCUCACUCUGAGGGCCAAACUGUCCAGAAUACGACGCAAAUCAGAAAACUGCGGCGAGAACUGGAUGCAUCUCAGGAGAAAGUGGCGACUUUGACCUCACAGCUGGCGGCCAACGCACACCUGGUGGCAGCAUUUGAAAAGAGUCUGGCGAACAUGACCUGUCGCCUGCAGAGUCUAACAAUGACAGCAGAGCAAAAGGAGUCUGAGCUGGCGGAGUUGAGAGAGACAAUUGAGGCUUUGAAAACUCAGAACACAGAUGCUCAGACGGCCAUUCAAGUGGCCCUUAAUGGUCCUGAUCACGUUCAUAGAGCAGACCUGAGGAUCCGCCGCCAGCACUCGUCAGAAAGUAUGUCCAGUAUUAACAGUGCAGCCAGUCACUCAAGUCUGGGUAGUGCUAAAGAUGCAGAGGACAAGAAGAAAAAGAAGAAAAGCUGGGGCAAGGAUAGAGGACACAAGGUGGCUGAUUCCAUCCCUGCCCAGUUGCGCAGCUCCUUCAAGCAGGCCUUCAGUAAGAAGAAGACAAACAAGCCUCAAUCAUCCCAUGAUGAGAUUGAAGAGAUGACCGAUUCGUCCCUCCCCUCUUCACCCAAACUACUACACAUCAGCAGACAAGCCAGCUCUCCCCAACCACUCCUGUCAUCACCGUCCACCACAGAAAAGUGUUUUUGUGAUAGCAAGUCCUCCCCCAUUUGGAUGCCAAAGAAAAAGUCAAACGGUCAUGUGGUCUACAAGCACAGAUCUCGACUGUGUGAAUGUACAGAAGCCGAGGCUGAGAUUAUCCUCCAGCUGAAGAACGAGCUGAGAGAGAAGGAGCUGAAGCUCACUGAUAUCAGGCUGGAGGCGUUAAGCUCCGCUCACCACCUUGACCAGAUACGAGAAGCCAUGAACCGCAUGCAGAAUGAGAUUGAGCUGCUGAAGGCAGAGAACGACAGACUCAAGUCCAGUGGCAACACUACACCUGCUGCUACACCUGCUAAAACAGCCCGUCCUCCAUCAGAAACCUCUAGCACGUCCUCCUCAUCCUCACGUCAGUCUCUAGGGCUCUCGCUAAACAACCUCAACAUCACCGACACCAUUAUGUCAGAUAUUUUGCUGGAUGACGGCUAUGAGGGCAACUUACGUAAAGAGGGCAGGAGCGUCCGAAUAGUGGUCACCAUCAACAGUGACUCCAACAAGACCAAGGCUAUGCAGAAGAAGCAGUAUCUUAUUGGGUCCAUUGGCGUCAGUGGCAAGACCAAGUGGGAUGUGUUGGAUGGAGUAAUACGACGCUUGUUUAAGGAGUAUGUGUUUCGCGUGGAUCCAUUGACCAGUCUGGGCAUGAAUUCAGACAGUAUAGUGUGCUACAGAAUGGGGGAUGUGGUUCGAUCUCACGCUUCUGAGGUGCCUGAACUGUUGCCCUGUGGAUAUCUGGUCGGCGAUAACAAUGUUAUCACAGUCACGCUCAAAGGUGUGAAGGAGGGUAGUAUUGAUGACUUGGUGUUUGACACGCUGAUCCCUAAACCCAUCAUUCAACGCUACUUAAACCUGCUGAUGGAGCAUCGUAGAAUCAUCCUGUCUGGUCCAAGUGGAACAGGCAAAUCCUACCUAGCCACUAAACUAGCCUACUUUAUCCUAUCUAAGACUGGUCGAGAGGUGACAGACACCAACCUGGCCACCUUCAACGUAGACCAGAAAUCCAGCAAGGAUCUUCGACAGUACCUCUCUAGCUUGGCGGAGCAGUGCAACACAGAGGAGUGUGAGAUUGAGCUGCCCACUGUAGUUAUUUUGGACAACCUCCAUCAUAUUGGCUCGCUUAGUGAUAUCUUUAAUGGAUUCCUCAACUGCAAAUACCACAAAUGCCCCUAUGUCAUAGGAACUAUGAACCAGGGUGUAUCCUCAUCUCCAAACCUGGAGCUGCAUCACAACUUCAGGUGGGUGCUGUGUGCCAACCACACCGAGCCAGUGAAAGGCUUCCUGGGCCGAUUCCUGAGAAGAAAACUGAUUGAAACAGAGAUUGACAAGAACAUGCGCAGCAAUGACCUCAUCAAAAUCAUCGACUGGAUCCCCAAAAUCUGGCAACAUCUCAAUUCCUUCCUAGAGGCUCACAGUUCUUCAGACGUCACAAUUGGGCCUCGACUGUUCCUGUCUUGUCCAAUGGAUGCAGACGGCUCACGUGUGUGGUUUACUGACCUGUGGAACUAUUCUCUAGUGCCAUAUCUACUGGAAGCAGUACGUGAAGGACUGCAGCUGUAUGGUAAGAGGGCAGCAUGGGAAGACCCUUCCAAAUGGGUAAUUGACACCUACCCAUGGAGCUCUGCCUCUCUUCAGCAUGAAGGCCAAUCACUGUUGCAGCUGCGGCCGGAGGAUGUGGGUUAUGAUGGUUACAGCUCCUCUAAAGAUGGAGCUGCCUCCAAACAAGUUUCUCAGAGCGACACAGAGGGAGACCCACUGACAUUCAGAGAUUAUAAGAUGAAUAUGCUAAUGAGGCUCCAGGAAGCUGCUAACUACUCCAGCGCACAGAGCUGUGACAGCGACAGCGCCAGUCACCACGAAGACCUGCUGGACUCCUCAUUAGAGUCUGCCCUCUAAGCCCCGCCCCCUACAGAAGAGGAAGUCUUCUGAUUGGCUUAAAAACUAAGCAAAAGGCCUACAGGACUUGUGCUUAUGAGAUGCCUGGCUCUUCCAGUGGAAUGCAGAGUCCAGGAUACGGCGAUUGAAAAGGUGCUGUUGGCACACACUCUGACGGGUGCUCACAUUAUUAUACACAAAAACAACUGGAAUUUCAAUUAGAUGGAGGUGAUCUGUUAGUUUAACCAUGUUUACAGAGGCAAGUGUUUAUUUAAAAUUCACUGAGGUGCAAAAACUUAAAGGGCAACACUCUGAAAUCUGACCUCAGUCAACAAACUGGUGCUGCCGUGGUGCCAAAAACCAACAUGUGGUUUACACUCAUCUCGCCAGCACCAUUCAUCAAACGCCUCUUGUCAACAAGCACAAACGUGCACCGUGUCAUUACCGCUACUGUGAAAUCAUACGCAAAUUCGCAAACCUCCACCACUCGUUCCACUGCCAAGCGUAUCUAGACCUAGCACUCCGACUGCAGCUUUCACACUGCUCCAUCCAGUAGUCUUUCCGUCAACCCUACGGCCGAAUGCGUAGUUUUUUCUUCUCUCCGCAGGUUCGAGGCAACCGUUUGUUGGAGAGUGUACCAGCUUCGUGAAAAAGACCAGAAAAUGGUGCUUUCUUGCUGCCUUAAAUGUGCUGAGCUCUGAUCUAAAUGUGGUGCCGCUGUCCUUUUGCGCAGAAACGAUGGCGUAGGACAGAAACGAUGAACCAUUUUUCCUAAAAAAAAAGCCACGUUCACAUAUUUUAUUUUUGUUACAAUUAGUGUACACGCCAUUAUAAAACGGUCCAAAUGUAUAAAAGUAAAAAAAGAUGUUUAUGUAAUCCCAGUUGAGCUGGGAACACUUGAAUCGAGAGCACAAAUCUGACGUGUCGCUUUGCUCGCAUGCUGUUUUUCCUUUGCUAUAUGUGUGUACGUGCACGUGGAAACGGUUUUCGCUCCCGUGCGCCGGUGUUCGUGUAGUCACUCAUCUUUUAUUUUGUUUGCUAUGUGGGUUUUGCACAGUUGAAAAGGAUGAUUGUAAAUAUCCAAGUCUUGCACAGCCUCUUAAAGAUGCACUCUGCCCGGUCGCUAUUGCGUUUCCGCUCUACUAGUCUAGCAUUAAGCUCUUGUGAAAUACAGAGAAAAGAAAAAAAAGCAAACCAGCAAACAUGUCCAAACCUUAUAUGUCUUGUAAUGACUGGUUAUUAUACAGAGCUCUAAACUGUACAGUGAGAGGUGAAGUGUUUUUCAAUUUCAGAAAACUUUAGUGUCAGUUUACUGUUUAAGGGCACAAAACCAUCCAAAGCUGUUUGAUCUUUGCAAUGCAUCAAAGCCUGACCACAUCAAACAUGCAUUACAGUCUUACUAUUCCCUUCCUGCAGCUUGCAGAUGCACUGGUUUCCUUGGAUGUAUAAGUCACACCUAAAGACCCCAUGAAUGUUAACCGCAUGUUAUUGUAAAGCCUGAUUUCCCUAAAUAGACUGGAAUAUUUUCAUUCCAAAGAGUAUUUGAUUAGAUGUAAAUGUGUACAUCCUUAAAUCUGGUCCAUUUUUAUUACAAAAUAUUUAAAAAAGAGAUAUACUUUAAAAUGUAAACGUGUAUACCAGGGUGUUUUUAUACUAUUUAAUUUUGUCAACUUUUAGGACUAAAACUUCACCAUGGGAUGAUAAAUAUAGCUCCAAAAUACAUACAUAGUUCUCCAUUCAUUUUUAUUUUUAUUUCUACACUGUAAUAAAUAUCCGUUAAUUAACAGUUUGUUUAGUCCUUUGCAAUUAUUUAUGGUUAUGAAUUGCAUUAUAGGACAUUAAUCUCUGUUCUGUUUAAGAAGUGACUUUUAUUGACAUUUUAGUAGUUUUAAACAAUAUAUUGUAUAAUUUAUACUCUGCAAAUUAGGAAUAAAAUAAUUUAUUACUAGGUUUUUAUACUGUAAUUUACAACAACAAUCCAGACAACUAUUAAACAUGUCAAUAAAUAUCCCUUUUAAAACAUUUUUAAAAGUGAAAGUGUUUGGAUGAAAGAUCAACGUCUUAUAAUGCAAUUCAAAAACAUGAAUAAAACAAAAAGCUCAAUCACAAAAUAUGGAUAACUGAUCAUUUGCAGGGUAUUUUUUACACUGUACAAACAUAUACAAAUAAAUCAGAAUUGUGCGAUAUAAACUUCAUGCGAUUUAUUGCAAUUUUUUUUUAAUUCUUACAAUUCUGACUUUUUCCUCUUAGAAUUGAAUUACAACUUGCUAUAAUGAUAUAAACAAAAUUGUGAAAUAAAAAUGUGCAAUUCUAGUUUGUGUUACAUUAACUUUUUAUUAUUAAUCCAUUACAGCAGGGGUGUCAAACUCAAAUCUUGGAGGGCAGCAGCCCAGCAGUUUAUUUCCAACCCUGUUUCAACACACUUACCUGCAGGUUUCAAACAAGCCCGAAGGCCUCAAUUAGUUUGAUCUUGUGUGUUUUAUUAGGGUUGGAACUAAACUGUGCAGAGCUGUGGCCCUCCAGAAACUGAGUUUGACACCUCUGCAUUACAGAAACAGGUUUCCUUAGUAUAGGAGUAAAAGUAGUAAAAAUACAAAUAAAUUCAUGGGAUUUUUAAAAAUGGAUAAAUGUUAUUGCAUUAGAUGAUGUCAAAUCAAGCUACAUAUAUUUGGCAAACAAUAAUAGUUUUGUUAAGUUUAUUUUUUUUCCUUUUAAAUAAUGAAACAUAUAGUGUAAUAUAUACAUAUAUUAUAAUAAAUUAUUUUCUAUUAAAAAUAAUUUAUGAGUUCUGCGAUUAACUUAUGUUACUCCACAACAAAAAUUGCAUGAGAAUAUAAAACUAGUUGACAGUCUAGUGUUUUUUCUAUCUAAUGCAGCAACAUUCAUACAUUAAAGUGUGACUGAAGUAUCUGAAUACUUUCUUAGGUCCCCUGUAAAUUACUUAGGACCCUAUCCCCAAUCACCCACAAAAAAUAUUUAGAAUAUACUGCACUGUAACUGAAUCUCCAUUAGUUUGCGCAAUGCACAGGCAGGAGGUACAGGCUGUUUCAUACACGGUGCUAUCAGUGAAUUGCGUCUUACUCUGUCUUACACAAUCAGGCCUUUUCCACAUCCAGGUUCACCUUCUGACUCCACCAGAGUAACUCACCCUCACUGCCAGACAGGCUUUAACCUCGGAUUCUUUGGGUUGAUUCAGGAAACAUCUUCGUUUGAAUUCCUCAGCACUACAGCGGUGCUACUGUACUGUACUGUAUGUGCGUAACCUCCAAACUCUGUGACUCUGUGCCUGAUGCUUUGCUUGUCAACCAUUGUUCAGUGUAAAAGUACUCAAGAGAAAACCUUUAUAAGAAGUGCAGAAAACUGCCUGCUGGUCCCUAACCUCAAACACAGAUAGUGAUUGUCCAUGGUACAUCAGAAAUCAACGUCUUUUCAUUUCCUUCAUGUUACGGCAAAUGCAUCUCUCGGUGAGCGCGUAACAUCGAACUACUUUGAAAAUGUUUCUUUUCAGGUGGAACAUUUGUUGCUAGAUGUUUUAUAUUUUGUACAUUUGUAAGUAACAUAUCAUGUAAAUAGAAAGAGACCACAAAUUUAAUUCAUCUGGGGGAUUUUGUAGUCUUUGUAAAGCCCUAAUAAAUGGUAUUUGGUGUCACCUGA